CGCAGAUCCCGGAUGGAACGGCCAUUGGGCGGAAGUGAAUAGAGGUGCACAAUAACUGCGGGCUGGGAGGAGGAAAAAUACAUAUAAACACUUAUAAAAAAUUACACGCACCGUGUGACAGCAUUGGAUAUAAUCUCCAAAACGCAGAACCUCUGAUACUCGCAGAAACAUCUUAACGCUGGGACUGCGCUCAAGAGGACCUGAUCACCGGAAUCAAGUCUGGAACUUGCUGAAAAAAAGCGCAGUUCAGCUUGCACGGAGCCUAGAGGAACCCACGGGCUUCGGGUUACGCCGAGCACCCUCGCCGCCGCUGCUUCUUUUUCUUUGCAAGACUCUUGGCGAAUUCAAAGGGACUCUUGAUGAAUUAUGUCUACCACCAGUAUUGACCCACAGACAUCUAAAGGGCAAGACGCUAAAGUGCAAAAUGGCUCUCUCCAUCAAAAGGAAACCGUCCACGACAGUGACUUUGAACCAUACCUCACUGGCCAAUCUAAUCCGAAUAACAGUUACCAAUCUAUGACUGACCCAUACCUGUCCAGCUACUAUGCCCCCUCCAUUGGGUUCCCAUACCCCCUCAGCGAGGCCCCCUGGUCCACCGGCGGAGACCCGCCAAUCCCAUACCUCACUCCGUAUGCCCCCCUCAGCAAUGGAGACCAUCACUUCAUGCAUGACACAGUGUUCGGACAGCCGGGGGGUCUGGGCAGUAGCAUCUAUCCCCACCGUUUUAACUUUUUUCCGGAGAACCCUGCAUUUUCUGCCUGGGGUACUAGCGGCUCCCAGGGCCAGCAGACUCAGAGCUCUGCAUAUGGGGGCAGUUACAGUUAUCCGCCCAGUUCUCUAGGAGGCACCCUGGUGCCAGAUGGGCAAACGGGCUUCCCCAGUGACACCCUAAACAAGGCACCAGGUAUGAACAGCUUGGAGCAAGGCAUGGUAGGGCUUAAGAUUGGUGGUGAUGUAACAGGAGGUGGAUCAGGAGUGAAAACGGUGGGCUCAGUGAUCGGUGGAGGGCCAGUGGCGGCAGCAGUGGCCACGGGUAAUGGUGGAACUCCUAUAGGCCUGCCACCCCCCAAACCCACAUCUUGGGCAGCCAUUGCUAGCAAGCCAGCCAAGCCUCAGCUGCUGAAGGUGAAGAGUAAGCCAGGGAUGCCCAUGGCUGGAGGCACCCUGCCCCCGCCACCCAUCAAACAUAACAUGGACAUUGGCACUUGGGAUAAUAAGGGGCCUGUGACGAAAGUGGCUUCCCCACUGCCCCCCCACCACCACCAGCAGCAGCCUCCCCUCCACUCCCAGGGUCACCUACCACCUCACCAUCACGGGCUCCCACCUCAGCCCCCCAUGCCAUCUGCCCAAUCACUUGCCCAGCAGAUGGCUAUGCAGGGCCCGCCCCCUCCACAGCCUUACCAGAACCACACCCCAGCUCCUCCCCCUCAAACCCGAUGGGUUGCCCCACGCAACCGUAACCCUGGUUAUGGUGGGGGCGGCAGUGUGGACAACAGUAUCUCCUCAAGUGGUGGAGGGGUCGGUAACGGGGGCGGAGGUGGUCCUCCAGGCUCCGGGACCAACGAGUCGCACCCGGUCCUGGAAAAGCUCCGUGCAGCGCACAGCUACAACCCCAAGGACUUUGAUUGGAACCUAAAAAACGGACGGGUGUUCAUUAUUAAGAGUUACUCAGAAGACGACAUCCACCGCUCAAUCAAGUACUCCAUCUGGUGUAGCACGGAACACGGUAACAAACGGCUGGAUUCUGCUUUUCGCACCAUCAACGGCAAAGGUCCUGUCUAUCUGCUGUUCAGCGUUAAUGGCAGCGGACACUUCUGUGGCGUAGCGGAGAUGCGCUCGCCUGUAGACUACGGCACCAGUGCCGGCGUUUGGGCACAGGACAAGUGGAAGGGCAAAUUUGAUGUGGACUGGCUGUUUGUUAAAGACGUGCCCAACAGCCAGCUCAGGCAUAUCCGACUGGAGAACAAUGACAACAAGCCUGUGACCAACUCCCGUGACACACAGGAGGUGCCUCUGGAGAAGGCCAAGCAGGUGCUGAAGAUCAUCGCCACCUACAAACAUACCACCUCUAUCUUCGAUGACUUCUCACACUACGAGAAACGGCAGGAGGAAGAAGAGGUGGUAAGAAAGAACUUAGAGCCUGCACCUCUCCAGACCCGAUCCCGACUGGAUCAAGAACGCCAGAACCGAAAUAAACAAUAGAAGGCUGCCCCCUACAGCUGAUGAGCAGUUGUUUUAGGACUGACCAUUUGAAAAUGAAAUUUAAAGAGGACACAAAAUGAAAUUUAAAAAAAAUAAACAAUCAUUAUGUUUUUCUAUUUAAUUCUGGUGACUUCAGCCAGCGUCAGACUCGAGCCUCUGCGCUUGUGGCUUCACCUGUGGGGGCUGAAGUCCAAUAGCGCCUCUCAAUGUUGUCAUCAUUUCAAUUUUUAUUUCUCUUCUUUUCUAUCAUUUGGUAUUGUUUCCAUACCUCUCUCCCCCCUUUGACCAAGCAAUAUCUGCACAAGUCUUUCUUUCAUCUUUUUUUUGUUUGUUUGUUUGUUUGUUUGUUUUUUCAGCCCCACUGCUCAUUAUUGCCCAUCAGAGUUGGAUAACCAAAAUGAGUGGGUAGUGAAUUUUGGGAUGUAUGUAUGUGUGUGUGUGUGUAUCAGGGAUGGUGAUGGAGUGUGUCAGUCAUGUCAGAUGGAAGAGUUGAUGGGACAUGUUCAGACUCUGCUCAGUUCGAGGGGGAGAGGGCAUUUUCAGCAUCAGUAACUGUUAUUGGCCAGUUUUAUGUUCUGUAGAUCCAGAAGGUGUUUGAACCCAUUCGUGGAGUAUCAUGUAACUGCGUAGAAGGGACAAUGAAAUGUGUCUUGACAUGAUGAGAUGAUGUUAUAAAAAACAAAAAAAACUAUAUUUUUGAAUUAUGUAACACUUGACUUUUUAUUUUCAGUGACAAGCCAUGUAUGUCACAAUUCUUUGAACUUUUCUUUUUCCUUUGUGUUUGUCCUGCUUGGAGCCUUAACAUUUAAAAGCUACGGUGUCAUCAAAACCGUUUAAUAAUGGCUGUUCUAUACCUCAAUUGAAACAGCAUUAUCAGGGAGAAGACAUCACAUGCAUCCUUACCCAAGGGAAGUCGACAUUGUCACUGGCUGGACUUAAAAAAAAAAAAAAAAAAAAAAAAGUAGAACUUGUUUUAGUUAUUGUUCAAAGACCAAUGCUCAGACUCUGUUCACAUACCUACUUGUUUAAAGAGCAGAAAUGUUACUACUUACUGUUCCAAACCCCACCCAGCAGAGGUCGCUGUUUCUUUAAAUCAAACUGAGAGAUGUAGCAAUUCACUGCUUUCAUUUGAAAUCACUUUAGAUGCCUCACUUUUUUUUUUCUUGUUCUUUCUUAACAGAUUUAAUUUUAUCGCUUUUUCCUCCCCCAUUUUCUCAGUAUAUUGCUAAGCUUUAACGUAGGAUCAUAUGAUUAUAACAAUAACAAAGAACGCCUCAAAACGUGUAACCUGAAAAUUAAUGUUACUGGUUUACUGUUAAAAGAGGACAAAAACAAACAAACAAAAAAAAAAGAGUAUAUGGUUUCUGUGUGUGAUUUUCUAGGACCUGCUUGCUGUUUUGUGUGUUUGUGUGUGGGAGAGCAGAAUUGAACCAUGUGAGGGGUUUCAAAUUUCUAGAGUCAUAUAACAAAAGAUUCAUGAAAAUAUAUGAAAUGCUAAAAAUAUUUAAAAUAAAAAUAAUUACAAGACAAA